AUGCGGACGCGCCCACCUCCUGGUCCCGCCGCCGCCGGCAUCGUUGUCGCGGUCCAAGAAGGUCAAGAUCAAGAAUGGCAUUCUCUCAAUGGCUUCCCGAUGGUUUGGCUUUUUUCUUUGUUCCUCCAGCUCCACACACCCUCCCCGGCCCCGGACCUGGAGACUUGGUACCGUCGCCCCUCAACUCCUACUACCGGCGUCCCGGUCAAGCUUGCUAAUGUCAAGUACAAGACUCCCCAUUUCAAGGUCAACGUCCUCCUCCAGGCGCACUUCUCGCGCCUUACUCUCCCCGCCGACCUCGCCGCCGACCAGGUCCAGAUCCGGCCGAAGGUUAUCACGCUUCUCUCGGCAUGCGUUGACGUCGCCGCGAGCUCGGGCUACCUGAACGCCGUCGGUGCAAUGGAGCUCGCGCAGUGCGUUACGCAGGCAACCUGGGACAGCGACUCGCCCCUGAAGCAGAUCCCGCACUUCUCGAGCGAAGUCAUCCAGCGCUGCCAGGCUGCUAAUGUCAACUCGGUUUACGACCUCCUCGAGCUCGAGGACACCGAUCGCGACAAGAUCCUCCAGUACCCAAGUGUUGAGGUGACGUACGACAUCGAGGACCAAGACGAGCUGUCGGCAGGCAAGCCCAUCGUCGUCAAUGUCCACCUCGAGCGCGAGGCCGACGAGGACGAGGAGAUCGACACGACCGUCAUCGCGCCGUUCUUCCCGGGUCGCAAGACGGAGCAGCAGUACCUCGUCUUGGCGGAACGCUCGACCAAGCAGCUCCACGCGGUCAAGAAGUACUCAGGCGAACUGCAGGGGAUCCUCCUCGCACUCCAAGCAGUCCAGGACACCGCUAACCCGCCCUCGCAUGUCCUCUUCUCCGUCGACAACACCUCGGCUCUCACCCACUCGACCGACCCGAAUCCCUCGUCCGGCCAGUACCUCCGCCUCGCGAUCCGGCGAGCGUUCCAGGAGCGUAGGCGUACCUGUGUGAGCACCACAAUCCUCCUCUCCUGGUCGCCGGGGCAUGUAGGCGUCGUCGGGAACGAGGUCGCGGAUCUGGCGGCGAAGGAGGCGGUGCGGGAGAUGGAGUCAGCGGAGCGCGCGCGGGAGCAGCGGAAGGAGCGCAGGACGCACCUAAAGGGGCGUCUGGUGUUCGUACCGGAGAUGGCGGAGCUGUCGGAUGCGUCGGAGGACGAAGGGAGUGAGUGGGAGGAGGGCGAGCGAGGAGGCCGGUCGACCCGCCAUCUCGCCAAGUCGGCCCGCCUCACACAACUCAGCGACAACACCUCGCCUGGCUCUGGUUCCGACGCUCAGCUACCCGCUAGUAUCUCGGCGCUAUGGAUGGCACACAAGCAGGCGACGCGCGCGCGGUGGGACGAUGAAUGGCGCCGCCCCACUGCCGGCCGGCAACUCUUUGUCGCCUCACCACUCGCCUCUCGCUCGUCUCGGUACUACGACGGGCUCAGCAGGCGCCGAGCUACACUGCUUUGUCGACUUCGAACCGGCGCUUGCGCUCUCAACGCCUACCGCGCCCGCUUCGACCCGAUGCAAACGGACCUCUGCGAAUGCGGCGAGCAGGAGACGCGGGAACACCUGCUUCUCACAUGCCCGCUCUACGACGAAGCCCGCAACUCGCUUCUCAAGCACCUCCGCCUGCGCAAACUCCCCACCGCCGGCCUCCUCCUCGGCAACCCCUCCUACCGCGACCCUCUUCUCGAUUUCCUCGACUCCACAGGGCGCUUCCCGCGACUAUCGAGGGCGCCCGAGGUGGAGAAGAAGGACAAGUAG